UAAAUAGACAAGUCGGCGGCAUUAAUGGUUACCUACUUAAACCAACGCCGCCUCAGCGAACCGAAAAAGAAAAGGGAAAAAAACAACUGCCGCAAUUAUCCAUCGAAGCCAUAUUAGCCAUUGAUCUCUAAGAACCAUCUUAUCUCAGACAUAAGAAUAAUUCCGCCACGAUGUGCAUGAAAGCCAAUUGCUCCACCUGCUACAAAAUCACGUGGAUUGGCUGCGGAAGCCAUAUAUCCUCCGUCCUUGACAACAUUCCACCGCAAGACUGGUGCGUGUGUGAGCCCAAGGUCGAGGUGAACGACAAGAAAUAUCCUCCGGGGGCAAAAUUUUAAUUCGGGUUGGAAGUCAUGGGCAGGAGUAUGGAGUGAUGUCAGGGUUGCAAGGGUGAAGGUUAGAUAUUAGUAUGGGUUAGGAUGAGAAAUGAGAAAUGAGAAAUGAGAAAUGCACUAAGGUAAUAGUUGUAUAAUAGUUGGAAAUUUAACUUUAUUUCAUCUGUCAAGA